UGUGAUAUCCUGAUAAAGGGUCCAUCAUUCCGGGCAACGACCUGCGCAUAGUCCUGGACACCCUGGAACGCUUCAGAUGGAUCCUGAACCGGCAGAAGUCAUGUCUUUAUCGAUCUCUGUGGCUAAUCUUUCUGGGCAUGUUACUCGACACCUUUCAGGCCAAGGUACUCUUGCCCCCGGAGAAGCUAUCCACUCUUCGUCUUCAGAUUCUCCCCUUGUUGCGGCCCCGUCCUCUUCCCAUUCGUCACUGCAUGCGGGCUCUGGGUCACAUGGUCUCUGCCUUCGAAGCAAUUCCCUAGGCUCCGUUCCAUACCAGGACUCUUCAGCGAGCCAUUCUAACCAAGUGCGACCGUUCCCCAGCCUCCCUCGAUCGGCCCAUACGUCUCUCUGCCCCGACCCGCCGUGCCCUCAAGUGGUGGUUGAUGUCCCCGAUGCUGACUUCAGGACGCUCUUUCCUUUCUCUCCGUUGGACGGUGCUGACAACGGACGCAAGCCUCCGGGGUUGGGGGAGAGUGUUGGAAAUCUAUCCGUUCAAGGUGUGUGGUCAAGCGAGGAGCACUCCCUCCCAAUCAACAUUUUGCAAUUGAGAGCGAUUCAUCUCUCUCUGUUGCAUUGCACAGACCAUCUCCGGGGACAUCUGGUUCGAGUUCAGUCUGACAAAUCCACGGCGGUGGCGUACCUCAAUCACCAGGGCGCCAUGGCGGAAACAGCUCUCAUUCUCAGCUGGGCGGUGAGCCAUGUUCAGGCGCUGUCGGCAGUUCACAUUCCCGACAUCAACAACUGGAUCGCCGACUUCCUCAACCGGGAGCAUCUCGAUUCCGGCGAAUGGGCUCUUCACCCGCAAGUUUUUCUAGCCAUCUGCGCCUCCCGCUUUAACCACAAGGUAUAGGACUUCAUCGCACGGUCCAGGGAUCCCAUGACCCUGGCGUGCGACGCCCUAGUGAUUCUGUGGAGUUAGUUCACAUUUCCUUAUGUGUGCCCUCCUCUUCCUCUCAUUCCGCGUCUCCUCCGGAAGAUCAGGUCCGAAGGUCUGCCCGUCAUUCUCGUCGCCCCCGAUUGGCCACGCCGAGUGUGGCGUGCAUCUGUAGUCACCCUCCUCGCCGACGAAACCUGGCGUCUUCCUCUUCGGGAGGACCUCUUGUCGCAGGGACCGAUCUUCCACCCGAAUCUAGGGUCGCUACAUUUAACGGCAUGCCUGUUGAAGCCGCGGUACUAAGGGCUCUGGGUUUCUCGGAUGCUGUUGUCCAGACCAUGAUUGAGGCCAGAAAGCCGUCGUCUUCCCGAAUCUACCACCGGACCUGGAAGUUCUACUUUAGUUGGUGCGAGCGUCACCAGCUGUCGCCCAUUCGUUUUUCGUUGCCGCGACUCUUGUCUUUCCUGCAGUCAUGCAUGGACUUGGGGCUGGCUCUCAGCUCCCUCAAAGGGCAAGUUUCGUCUCUUUCCAUUCUUUUUAAGCAAAACUUGGCUCGGGCAGUGGGGGCCUCUUUGGCAGUGCAUCAAGGGGUUCGGCCACACAAUUUUACAGAGUACACACCUUUGUGUCUGCUGACGCGUCUCUGGGGCGUACAGUUUUGCAGACGGCGGUUCUCUGAUUGGCCGGAGGGUUUCUCAUUAUGCCCACCAUUGGGACUGCUCUGUAACAUCCCAAGGUCAAGCCUGUGUCCUCCAAUGAUACGGAUAAGAAAACUAGAUUUUUGUACUCACCGUAAUUGGGGGACACAGCUCCCACCCAUUCUCUAGUUUACGGGCCUUGUCUGGCCUAGUGUGA